GCGGGUGCCACGCUCAGUGACGGCGACGAGGAAGACGAGUCUCAACGAACACAGGAUGAUUCGACUCAGGAGGAUACUCAGCCUGGAACUGAUUCCGCUGCACCCGCCAUGACUUUACAGCCGCUGCAGUGCCAGGAAAAUGACGAGUUUUUGUCUGAGUUUGACCGCAUGAUGAGCGACGCGUUCGUCGAGCAUUCGAGGGACGUGAGACCGAACCCCACACCGAUGUCCCUACCCCUGCCCACGCGCAUCACUCACAAGAAAAACUACGAUCAACUUCUUCACGAAUCCAAGAUGGACACGAACACAGAUGAGAACACCUCGGAAAACGAACGUGGGAACAAGACCGUGAAGUUCAUCUUGAUGUCUCGCAGCAACAAGCAACAAAUGACGACCAUCGCCAUCCCCGAGGACAGCGUCAUUGUGGCCAAAAUGAGGAGUCGAGAGAAGGCCGAGGCCGAAGAGCGCAGGAACGUGAAGCGCGUCACGCUCGAGAUGACGGAACGGCAAGUCGAGGAGGAGGCCGCGCAGGAGCUGCUCAUGCAGCAGCGCAACGCUCCCCUCAACCCUCACCGCGAGCGUCGAGUGAAAUACCAACAUCCGAAGGGCGCCCCUGACGCGGACCUUAUCUUCGGGAGCGGCAAGCACCGUAGCGGAGCUAGCGGUUCCUGAUGACAAGUCCACGCCAGACCCAACAGCUCCUGAUCUCCGGGCAGCAGAUGUUCGAUCAUCAUGUGUUCGUAAGCAUCUGAUGUUCGAUCAUCAGGUGUUCGUCAAUAACAGAUGUUCGCGAGUCCUCAAUUGAGCUUGUGAGAACGCCGAUGAAGAAAGGUCUCUGCUUAUCAAAUCAACUAGCAAGUGCACAGGACGAAUCCGCAAAAAAAAAGAUGCAAUGCAACUUGUGGCUUUCUAGGCGUCUAUAUUUUACGUGAUGUAUAAAUCACGCAUUUUGACGGAUCUCUAAAUGGGGCAUAACGCAAUUGUGUUCAAUCAUGAAGUUGUUUGUAUCGGAGACUUGAUUUCAUUUGCUAUCGACAAUGUGAUUCUUUUUUCUGUUGCACCUGUUGAAGGCACAUUAAUUGCCCGUUUAUUGUGAAAUAAAAAAAAAAUAUAAAUGAUUCUAAUUUAGUUGACCAUGCGAUUAUUGGGGUAUAAUGAUUUGGGCAUUACAUUUAUAUGAUCACGUAACCAGUAAAAUGGAAACUUAUUGGUUAGAUACAUAUGUGUAAAAGCGGAUAUUAUUCAAGAAAGCAAACCUUGGUGAUUUCUUUUCUGAACAUAGAUUGUGUAAAGAAUUCUAAAACUGGAUUCUCAUUAAAUUGCGCAUCUGAAUCUGAAAAUGA